UGUGCGCGGAGUUUCUACAUCCGUCGCUGAUCCUGAGUUCUCUUAGAUGGUAGCGUCCACUUGUGGACGAAGGACGUAGUCACACUAUAACACCGUGAAAAAUUUACAGGCGUUGCAGACAGCCUCGAGCGGCGCGGUUCUGCAGGCGGUAAUCUGUUGCUUGGAGGCAGUCUUUAAGGGCAAAUCGGACACGAUGACUGUAGCGGAGCUUCGUGACGGGAUGAAGCGUCUGAAGCCUACGCAUGACAAGGCCCUCGCGAUUCGUUUCCUGAACCUCUGCACAGACAAGGACCGCAGCUGCGUCGUUACCCUGGUACUGUCUUCGAUGGCAUUCGUUUCAUAUUUUUUAGCAGUAGCCCCUUGCUGCAUUAUAGAGCGCUACUCUCGCGGUCCUUCUGCUAGUUUUCCCCAGUGUGCUUCUGAUCAACAUCCAUGCUGUAGCGUCUUCCUUGAGUAUUGUCGUACUUACCGAACAAGUGCAGAACAGGCGCUAUGCUUGUUCUGCUUUAUAUCCACCACUUUCGUCAAGCUAUCUCUCCCUCCUCCAGAUUCAGCCCGAGUAUCGCGAGGGGCUGAAGCGUUUGCGGGUUUUUUUUGAGAGCAACGACGUACCCGAGGUCAUUCGUAUUUUGAGCGAC